AUGACGCAAGGUCUAAAUCUACAUACAAUUCUACCUCGAUUAAUAGGCUCUGGGAAGAAGCCUGCGUACUUCCCCCUGGCACAGCGGGGCCUAUUAACCCAAAGCUAUGCCCAGGGCCCGUCAGAGCUUCUGGAAACCACAAUUCCCGACCACUUCUCCAAGAUUGUUAAUUCAUACGGGGAUAGAGAAGCCGUCAUCUGCAAACACCAGAAUGACAGGGUGACUUAUUCGGCGCUCGAUGCCAGAAGCAAUGCCCUCGCACGGGGCCUAGAGUCCGUGGGCGUGCGCAAGGGCGACCGCGUUGCAGUAAUGCUCGGAAACUCUAUGGAGCACUCUGUGGCAACCUAUGCGCUGUUCAAACUUGGAGCUAUUCUCGUAUGUCCCACUCUGAACAUCCUUGACCAAGAUUUCCAACGUGUUGUCCAGGUGCCCGUUAACCCGUCAUUCAAUGUAACUCAAGUGGUUUCUGCUUUGAGCCAUCUGGAAACGACCCAUUUCAUCAUCAGUGCUGAGUCCAAUCUACCGCGGAAACAACCACGGAGCAACAUCCCUCUCCUCCAGCACAUCGUUCAGGAUCUACAUACUACGAAGCUCGAGUCCGCACUAAUCCCCUCUCUUCAAAGUAUUAUUUACGUGGACAAUUCAGCCGGCCGGAUCGACGGUUCAGAAUACAAAUCCUUGACACCCUAUUCAUCUAUCACGUCCGAUGCUACCGCCGACGGAAUUGCAUUCCCACAUCGAGACCUAUCACCCCAUGAUAUCAUAAACGUCCAAUUCACCUCGGGUACCACGGCAAUGCCCAAAGCGGCCUGUUUAACGCACCGUUCCAUCCUUAACAACGGGUCCCAAAUCGGUGAUCGGAUGCGUCUCACCCCGCAGGAUAUAGUCUGCUGUCCUCCCCCGUUAUUCCACUGUUUCGGAUCCGUGCUGGGGUACAUGGCCACAGCAACCCAUGGUUCAGCCAUCGUGUUCCCCACGGAAUCGUUCAACGCCAAAGCAGCCCUCCAAGCCGUGCAAGAAGAGCGAUGUACGGCACUCUACGGUGUCCCUACCAUGUUUAUCGAAGAGCUCAACCUUAUUCAAGACGGUGAAGUCUCGCCCAAGGGGUUCGAGUAUCUCCGCACAGGUAUCGCAGCCGGAAGUAGUAUCCCCAGCGAACUCAUGAAGAGACUCCACCGGGAGCUCAAUCUCACCGAACUAACCAUUUGCUACGGAAUGACCGAGACCAGUCCUGUCUCCGCCAUGACCACCACAGACGACCCCAUCGAGAAGCGCAUCAACACUGUUGGUCGACUAAUGCCGCAUGUCGAAGUGAAAGUCGUCAACCCGGCCAAUCACAGCCAGACCCUCCCUAUCAAUGUCCCCGGAGAACUGGCAGUGAGUGGUUACCUCCUAAUGAAAGGGUACUGGGAUGAUCCCAAGCGAACCGCCGAGGCAAUGGUUGCCGAUGCGCAAGGGAAGAUCUGGAUGCUUACAGGAGACGAAGCAACCCUCUCCCCAGACGGCUACAUCUCCAUCACUGGCCGAAUCAAAGACCUAAUCAUCCGUGGUGGCGAAAACAUUCACCCGCUCGAAAUCGAGAACUGCAUUCUUACGUAUCCCGACGUAUCGGACGUAUCCGUUGUAGGAGUCCCCGACGAACGAUACGGUGAAGUCGUAGCUGCGUUCAUCGUGCCCCGCGGACCGAUCGACGAAGUUUCUUCCCGCGAAAAGAUCCGGCAAUGGGUGCGUGAGAAAUUGAGCAAUCACCUUGUUCCGAAAUAUAUUUUUUUCCUGAAGCCGGAAGAUACGUUUCCCAAGACGGGAAGUGGUAAGAUUCAGAAGUUCAAGUUAAAGCAGGAUGCUAUCGAUACUUUGAAGGAAAGGAAUGGUUCUGGUUGA